UAUCAGUUGGGUGUGAUGCAUUAUGAUGGUUUGGGGACCAUAGAAAAUACUGCACGAGGUAUAGAAUGCAUGAACAUAAUCACACAGUCUGAUGAUCCAAAAGCAAAGUAUUUGAAAUAUCCAGCGUGGUACAACCUUGGUACAGCUUACUUUGAAGGGUAUGGUGUUCAAUGGUCUGAUGAAGAAACUGAGAGACUAUGGCUUCUUGCCGCAGAUGAUGGGAACCCAAAAGCCAGUCUGAAGGCUCAAAGUUCUCUGGGAAUGUUUUACUGUAGACCAGAAACACUUAACUUGAAGAAGGCAUUCUUUUGGCAUUCAGAGGCCUGUGGCAAUGGGAGUCUGGAGUCUCAGGGUGCAUUGGGUUUACUGUACCUGACUGGGCAGGGUAUUCCCAAAGAUACAAAGUCUGCUUGGGAGUGCCUGAAGGAAGCAUCACAACGAGGCAAUGUUUACGCACAGGGCCAUCUUGUGGCUUUCUAUUACAGCCGUAAGAUGUACACUAAAGCCUAUAAACUUGCCAGAAGGGUUGCAGGUUAUGUUGAUAUCGAAAACAUAGCUAAGGAAACCAAUUGCCUGCCAUCUUACAUAGCAAAGGGCAUUGCCAUGGGUUGUUUUUACUUAGCCAGAUGUCUUCAAUUGGGCUUAGGGAUAGCAGACGAUCUAGAAGAAGCCAAAAUAUACUAUUCCAAGGCCAACCAAAUUGAUAAUGCCAUAUCUGGUGACCUACAGUUUGAAGUGAUAAUGGAAAAGAUUUAA